ACAUGGCCCGGCGAGAGGGCGCCUCCCCUGCGCGCGCGCCUGCGCGCUCUGUGCCCCCUCCCUCCCCCUUUUCGGCCCAGCGCGCCGCCUUGCCUGUUCGUGCGCCGCGCGUGUGAGGCGAGCGGGAAGGCCGCGCAGCCCCCCAUGCAGGAGACCCAGGAGAGCCCGGCGGCCGCCGAGACCCCCGCCGCUCUGCCCGCCCAGGACGAGGGGCCCGGAGGAGGAGGAGGGGAGCCCGGCGGCGGCGAAGGAGAAAGAGGCGGCAGCAGCGGCGACUCGGAGGCCGAGCUGCCGGACGGGCCUUCCGCGGAGGAGCCUGAGGGGAAGAAGGAGCCGGAGCCCGAAAAAGGCGGCGGCGGCGAGGAGAAGGAGGAGGCGGAGGAGGAGAAGCCGCGAAGCAGCAGCAGCAGCAGCGCCGGCGAGGAAGAGAAGGCCGCUGGAGAGCGUCGGGAGCAGCCGCAACCGUCUCCGCCUCCGGCCGCCGGGCCGCCUUCGCCUCCUCAGGAGCCGCCCGAGGUUGCCGCUGUAGCCGCCGCCGCCGAAGAGGAGCCGCCGGAGCGGGAGAAAUCCCCCGAAGCCCCUGCCUCUGCCCCGGCCGAGAAGCCCGAGGGGGACCAGGAGGGAUCCGAAGGCGGCGAGGCGAAGAAAGAGGAGCAGCAGGAGGAGGCCGAGGAGCAGGAGGAGGAGGAGGAGGAAAAGGCCGAGAAGCCCAGCAAGGACGAGGAGGAGGAGGAGGAGGAGGAGGGAAGCGGCAAGGAGGAAGAGGAGGAUGAGGGCAUCUCGUUCAGCGACCCCGAGGACUUCGUGGACGACAUCGACGAGGAAGGUGGGUGGGCCGAGGGAGGAGGAGGAGGAGGAGGGAGAGGCCUGGCGGCGGCCUCUUCCGCCUCUUCCUCGACACGUGUUUGUAAGCCGCCUGGGGGGUGGGGUAGAAAUAAAUAUUGCCUUUAUUGUUAUAUGUAAUUUUGUAUGUAGCCUUUUCCCCCAGAGAAGAACUCGAAGAAGCUGACAGGUAAUAUGUGGACAUUUGUGGGGGUGGGGGGAGAGAGCCUCGUGAUCCUUAAAAGAAAGGGGGGGAGGGUUGGUGUGGCCAUUUGGGAAGGGGUGGCAGCGCCUCUGCUUUGCUUGCAGAAGGUCCCCUGGAAGGGCCGGUUACAUCCCACUGCCUGAAAUGGUGGAGACGGUGUCAUGGGUCAGUCUAGGCCAGUAUUCUUCAACCUGGGGGAGGGGAUCCCCAGAUGUUGGGACUAAAGCUGCCAUCAUCCUUGACCACAGAUGUGAGUUGGCUGAGGCUGACAGCCACCGAAGCUUCAAGGGCGCCUGAAGAUCCUGUGUUGAAGAAUACUGGUGCAGAGUAGUGCCUCUCAAGCUGUGGGAUGUGGUGGUUUGGCAGUCCCCACCCCCAGUGUGCCAGAGAGCAGACCUUGACUGUAGUGAAGUUGACAAGGUCCGGAACCAGUCCAUGGACUACCACGUUGAGCAGCGCUGGUGUAGACAAUAGUGAACAAGAUGACUUAGUGGCCUGGCCAUAAGACAAGCUUCCAGCUUUCCAAUCUUGAAACUCACAAAUGCUUGUGGUGUUUAAAAUAUGCUGCUGCUUUUAUAAAAAUAUAAAAUAACCAAGCAAGGAGGUGGGAUCAGCAGUUGAAAUGAAGUAUAGAAACAUUAUCUGCCGCGUACAAGAGAUUGUAAAUAAAAUUGUCUUUAACUGACUAAAAACAGGAGACAAAGUGUUUGAUUAUCUAGCUGCAGCUGCCGAGGAGGACUGUCUGGUUAUCACACUGAAAUGUGCUUCUACUCUAGGGAGGACAUAGAGAAGGGCAUUUGUCCCUGACACUUUUUAAAAAUAAAGUGAAAAGUGGAUUUCAAAAGGCCAUUUUAAAUUGGAAGUCUAUAGCAUGUAAGUGCAUGUAAGAGUGACUAGUGGGGUGCCACAGGGUUCUGUCUUGGGCCCGGUCUUAUUCAACAUCUUUAUCAACGACUUGGAUGAUGGACUCAAGGGCAUCCUGAUCAAAUUUGCAGAUGACUCCAAACUGGGAGGGGUGGCUAACACCCCAGAGGACAGGAUCACACUUCAAAACGACCUUGACAGAUUAGAGAACUGGGCCAAAACAAACAAGAUGAAUUUUAACAGGGAGAAAUGUAAAGUAUUGCACUUGGGCAAAAAAAUGAGAGGCACAAAUACAAGAUGGGUGACACCUGGCUUGAGAGCAGUACAUGUGAAAAGGAUCUAGGAGUCUUGGUUGACCACAAACUUGACAUGAGCCAACAGUGUGACGCGGCAGCUAAAAAGCCAAUGCAAUUCUGGGCUGCAUCAAUAGGAGUAUAGCAUCUAGAUCAAGGGAAGUAAUAGUGCCACUGUAUUCUGCUCUGGUCAGACCUCACCUGGAGUACUGUGUCCAGUUCUGGGCACCACAGUUCAAGAAGGACACUGACAAACUGGAACGUGUCCAGAGGAGGGCAACCAAAAUGGUCAAAGGCCUGGAAACGAUGCCUUAUGAGGAACGGCUAAGGGAGCUGGGCAUGUUUAGCCUGGAGAAGAGGAGGUUAAGGGGUGAUAUGAUAGCCAUGUUCAAAUAUAUAAAAGGAUGUCACAUAGAGGAGGGAGAAAGGUUGUUUUCUGCUGCUCCAGAGAAGCGGACACGGAGCAAUGGAUCCAAACUACAAGAAAGAAGAUUCCACCUAAACAUUAGGAAGAACUUCCUGACAGUAAGAGCUGUUCGACAGUGGAAUUUGCUGCCAAGGAGUGUGGUGGAGUCUCCUUCUUUGGAGGUCUUUAAGCAGAGGCUUGACAACCAUAUGUCAGGAGUGCUCUGAUGGUGUUUCCUGCUUGGCAGGGGGUUGGACUCGAUGGCCCUUGUGGUCUCUUCCAACUCUAUGAUUCUAUGAGUAUUCUAACAGUAUGUUAGAAUACCGCAUUUACUUGAGUCUAAUGCAUCAUCAAAUCUAAUGCACACCUCAGUUUUCAGAACCUUGAAACAAAAAAAAAUUUUUUGCUGGCGAAUGUAAAUGUGCCAUCGAAUCUAAUGCACACCUUGAUUUUUACAACAUAAUUUGGCCAAAAAAAGUGAGCAUUAGAUUUGAGUAAAUAAGGUAUUUUGUUGGUUGUUUUGUGUAUUCAGCAGCCCUGAUAGUAAAUACUGUGUUAGAGGCUAAUGCUUUAUAAGUGAAUUUCUCUUAUUGUUAAGGGAAAGAUUGUGGUAGGGGCAUACAAAUUUAUAGACUAGAGGAUGAAGACUUGCACUUGUCUUGAUUUGCUGUGUGAUUAGAGCAAAGGCUUAUUUGAACCCAUGGAAAACUUGUUAAACUGCUAUAAUUAAAGGGUUUGUAGCAUCUUUAUAAUUAUAAAUAAAGCCAUGUUCGAUGUUCAAAGCAUUCAGUUUGGAGAAAGACUGGAUGUGCCAGGUUACUUUGUUAGAUUUUUGUAGUGGUGUAGAAGGAUAGCAACCAACAUUUGUAAUAGCAUCAUUCUGCCCCAGUAGAUUCCCCCCCCCCCCAUCAGAAUAUAGAGAAUUGAGUUUGCAAGCUCCAUAGAAAUGUGGAUAGUGGAAGAAAAACAGCUUAGCGCUGUGGUGGCUGCUUGUCCUGGUUUAAGUGGCAGACUUCAAGGAGAGAGGCAGCCACUGGGAAGAAUAGCUUGCCCUUAGUUGGUCUACAGAUGGGGGACUGUUCUUCUAAGCAAAUCCUUGUUAUACAAAAGGCAGUGAGAAUGAGCUCUUGACGCAGCAAAGUAGAGAAUGAAGUUUAGAAAAGCAUGUAACAAAUUACUUUGCUUACUCAGUAUGUUUCUAGCAGCAGGAUAGCUCGGUUGGUUAGAGCAUGAUGGUGAUAAUGCCAAGGUUGAAGGUUCAGUCAACUGCAUAUUCCUGCAUUGCAGGGCGUUGGGCUAGAAGGGACCUCCAGGUCCCUUCCAACUCUACAGUUCUGUGAUCCUUAUGCUAAAUGUCUAUUAGUUUCUAUAGUUAAAAUACAGAAGACUGAUUCCAAUAUGGAGUUUGCGCUUCUGCUUUCAGCCUUUACCAAACACAUGGCUAACCAAACCUAGAAUAUCCCAAUUAGUUUUCUUUUAUCCUGUACAGUGGUGCCUCGCAAGACGAAAUUAAUCCGUUCCACGAGAGUCUUCGUCUAGCGGUUUUUUCGUCUUGCGAAGCAAGCCCACGGAUUAGCGCUAUUAGCGGUUUAGCGGCUAUUAAAGGCUUAAAGGCUUAGGGGAUUAGCUGCUAAAAGGCUAUUAAAGGCUAUUAAAGGCUUAGCAGAUUAGAUAAAGGGGGGGGGAAAGCGAAAAAAAAAAAUCUCAAGACUCGCAAGGUAUUUUCGUCUUGCGAAGCAAGCCCAUAGGGGAAUUCGUCCUGCGAAGCAACUUCAAAACGGAAAACCCUUUCGUCUAGCGGUUUUUCCGUCUUGCGAGGCAUUCGUCUUGCGGGGCACCACUGUAAUUAAAUUGUGGGCUUUGCUGUCUCUCUCAUUCGCAUACUUAUCUUUUCCACAGAAUUACUUGGAGAUAUUCUGCAAGAACGUCCACAGGAGGCUGAUGGAAUUGAUUCAGUGAUUGUGGUGGAUAAUGUUCCUCAGGUUGGACCAGACCGACUCGAGAAACUGAAGAAUGUUAUCCACAAGAUUUUCUCAAAGUUUGGAAAAAUUACCAAUGAGUUUUACCCAGAAGCUGAUGGGCAGACUAAAGGGUGAGUGGCUGUCUUUUUUAGCUAUCAUUGCUAGCAAUUGCUGGCUAGCCAGCUAUCAUUGCUGAGCAAUCCUUCCCUCUCCAGUGAGGUGCACCCCCACCUUUCCAGCAGGAAAGGGAAGGUAGGGAGACUACUAGCUUGGCCACUACAUGGUGGAUGGUGCCCUGAAUGCCAGCAUGGCCAGUUCUUGAAAAGCUGCCUCUGCCUAGCAGCAGGCAAGAAAACUUGUCACUAGCUUUUCCUGUGAGAAAAGGAAGGUAUUCUUUCUUGGGUAGGUGAGUUACACCAGGUGCUAUGCUACCAAGCAGGCAAGCAGCCUUUAGCCGAGGAGCCUGUGAGGAUUACCACACAAUUGUUAGGACACCCCAGCAUACCUCAGCAGCUUCAAACUUGAAGGGAAAACUGGUUGGUCACUUGUCAUACUUACCAGAGGUUAUUGAUGCAGUCACCACAGUGAACAUGGUGGCUGAAAAUGAAAAUGUCACAUCCUCUAUGACAGGCAUCUCCAACUCCCAAGAGUUUUUUAUACUCCCAGUAUAAAAAAAACAACAACUGGCAGUAAUCUACCCAUUGUCAUUGGAGGGGGGAGUAGCAUGCAAGGGGUGGGUGGGUUGCCCAGCUCCCAGUAUAAAAGAACAACAACCGGUAGUGAUCUACUCAUUGGAGGGGGGAGGAGGGAGGGUGGGUUGCCCAGAGUUGCGGAGCUUUUUGGGGGAAGGAUUGCACUUAGUUUUUUAGCUUUUCCCACAUUUUGUACAUGAUAAGGAUCCUGCAACCUACCAGGAUCAGCCGGGAAUCUACCGGGGUAGAUCACAAUCUACUGGUUGGACAUCCCUGCUCUAUGAUUAUGGGUUUCCAGUGAGAUAUGGGACUGAAGUUUCAAUGAACUUGCAACGUAUAAGAACUCUAGAAGAAUGAAUCGCAGACCCUAGCAAGUUUUGCCAACAGUGGGCAAAUGCUAUGAAUUAUUACUCAGGGGCGAAACUAGGUUUUACUACACCCGGGUCACCCAGUUUGGCACCCCCCCACACACAUUUGUGUACAUGCACACAAACACACACAGGUGCCCCCUCUGGAGGCUUCACCUAGGGCAAACAACCCAGCUAGUGCCCCCCCCCAGUAGCUACGGCACUGCAUUACACAUGGACAGAUAAUACUUUUCAAAAUUAAGCUAUGGGGAGUUGCCUGAUAAAAGUAAGUUCUCUGUGAAAUUAAACGAACAUUUAGUAGAAGAAUAAGUUUUGUAAAUUAAGUAGUGGCAUUAUCAAGUAGAGAAGGGAGGUUAAGAUUAGCCAUGGUCUGCAGGGUGGUUUCACCCCUCCAAAUGAACCACCAGCAGGUACAAAAUCUGCCUGUCGCUAGUCGCCAGAUCAAGAGUAGCAGAGAGCUUGCUUCCUUUUUGUUCUCAUAACUAGUGCAUUGAAAUUCCUAGCAUUCAGAAUCAUCUACCAGCCUUUCCCCCCUCAUUCAUUUUCCCUUUUGUGUCUCCCCUCUUGCCAGAUGGCACAUUAUAUGCUAAUAUGGCAAACAUAUGGAGCCAUGGCUCUAUUUUUCAGCUGUUGCCAUUGUCUCUGAGACAAUGCAAAUUGAAAAUAAAAGGCACCUUGAUCCUGCCUUUAAAAUGGUGUAUGCCACGCAUGAGGGAUUCUUGCACAGAGAUAAUUCUGAGGGCAGCAGCUGCAGGCCCAGCUUUCACUCAUUGCACAGUGUCACAUAGCAUUUGGCACAAUAAUAUAAACAAGCCUGAAAUAUGACUUUGGGGAAACAGUUGGUGUUGAAUUCCGUUGAGUUGAAGUGUGGCUGAUGUCACUGUUGAGGUUUGGCUGAAUUCAGAGCAUUGGGCCAUUCAUUUCAUGUAUCACCUCUUUGGGCAAUUUCAAAUUAAGUUGUCAGCAAUAACUAACUAGAUGUUUUACUGCAGGUAUAUUUUCCUGGAAUACAUGUCUCCAACUCAUGCUUCAGAUGCCAUUAAAAAUGCGGAUGGCUACAAGCUAGACAAGCAGCACACUUUCAGGGUCAACCUUUUCACUGACUUUGACAAGUGAGUAUCGUCAUUUCUUAAAAGCAGAAAAGAUUAACUGUUGGAAAUACAAAGAAGUAUAACUGACUGAAUCACAUUUUCAGAUACAUGACAAUCAGUGAUGAGUGGGAAAUUCCAGAAAAGCAGCCAUUUAAAGACCUGGUGAGUUUUCAGAUGCAUGUAUAGACUUUAAAGAUCACUGUGUCCAUCAAGAGGCAAUACUAAGUUUGUACCUGCGUAGGCUUGGAAUCCCUCCAGUGCGGGUCAUCAACUCCUAAUACUGUAGGUUGUUAAAGAAUACUUCCACAGCUCAGCUUGAAAUGUGAAUGAUACACUGUGGCAGGCAAUCAGAUACUUAUUAAAAUCUGAGCACCCCAGUGUUCUUUUUUUAAAAUAAAUAUUUGUAUAUAUGAUUGCAAGAUGCAAAAUAAUCUUGCCUGUAAAAAUGUUAAGUGUUUGCAAACUGUUGUCAAUGAUCCUGAUAUAACAUUUGCCCAUGUUACAGUGAACAUCUGCAGUUUUAUGUCUUUCAACAAAUGCAGGUGAAUAUGGUGAAUUUUGGCUUUCAUUGUUGUGUCUUGGAACCGUGGGAAGUUCACAAAGCCCAUCUAGGUGUGUCAGAAUUCAGAUCUGGAUGUUCUCCAAAUUUCACAAAUUCAGUAUAAUACUCAGGAAAUGUUGUGUCCAGCAAGUUGAGCUUUUAUAUUAGCUUUUCCGUAGUUAUUAACUAUGUCUCAAAUAAAGAUCAAAUAGGAUUUUUUUUUCAGGUCCUAUCUUCUUAAACUGUUUUCCUUUUGACUUUUCCAGGGGAAUUUGCGCUACUGGUUGGAGGACCCAGAUUGUAGAGAUCAGUACAGUGUGAUCUUUGAAUCUGGAGACAGAACCUCUAUUUACUGGAAUGAUGUUAAGGAUCCUGUCACAAUUGAGGAGAGAGCUGUGAGUGUCCCUAGGAAGUAUCUCUUUACUGAGAACAGUUUGUGUGCAGUGUCUGUAAAAAGGAAAUAAAAUAUAUAAUGUGACUAAACAUUCAGUUAACAUAUGAUUCAAUGAACAUAAUAGCUAUUCAGUACAUUAGUGAAUCACAUCAGUUACAUGGCUACCAGUUGACCAUAUUCACAUAUGAGAUUUCUGUUUUUAGAAUGCUGAGGGCCACAAAUAAAUUUAGAUGUCGAUUGACGUUAGAUGUCGUGCACCAGAGUAAGGGAUUAAUCCCAGAUAAGGUUUUAUGCAUCAAUAUGCAAAUGAAAUAUGAUUCAAAUGGUUAUCCUAUGCACUUUUCCCCUUGUAGCGAUGGACAGAAACCUAUGUACGCUGGUCUCCAAAGGGUACCUAUCUGGCUACAUUCCAUAUGAGGGGCAUUGCUUUGUGGGGUGGAGAGAAAUUCAAGCAGAUUCAGAAGUUCAGCCACCAGGGGGUGCAACUCAUUGACUUCUCACCUUGCGAAAGGUAGUGUAUGAAAUUAGUUGGUGGUGGUACUGUGGGAAUUGGGUGUAUAAAAUAUAUUGUCUGUUACAUUUACGCAUUCUGUUUAUUGAUUUCCCUAUUGGGGGCUGUUACACCACAUUUCAACCAUAUUCCUGGUAUGGUUUUCAAGAUAGAAUAAAACAAUGUACAACUACAGACAAAACACACUAAACUAAAACUUAAAAGAUCAUUGAAGUAGUACAAAACAUUGCCUGAAAUGAAAAGAGCAUAAAGUACGCAUCAGGCUAACCACUCUGGGAAGAACAUUUCACAGUUGAAGCAACACCUCCAAGAAGACCCUCAGGUGGCAGGCACAGCCAAAGGAGACUCUGUACUGGAUAUGUUAAUGUAUGAGUAGAUUAGAUUAGAUCUGUUAGUUGUUGUUUGGACUUGUAGCUCAGUUUUCAAGAGAUAUUUUUAUUCAGGACCAGUCAGGUCUGAGCAGUUUCCAUAGCCCCUUGGUGGAAACAUUGGCUAAAUUUAUUAAUAAGUUUGUAGAUUUUCAGCUAGCAGAAUUUGCAGGGUAUGAAAUAUCAAACUGCAGCUAUUUUUUCUUGUGGUGAAGGUUCUCAUACUCAUGCUUUCUUGGCAUAGCUUGUGUGAAAUAGUUUGGGGGAAAAGUUGUUGAGUGAGGGCCCCCUGUCUCACAGGAAGCUUUCCACUCGGCCUCCAAGCACAGAAGGGAAGGUGUUAUGGCUCACCCUUGUCUUCUACCUCUUUUCUACAUACAUUCCUGGUUCCUGGAAAGGCAGGGACUCUUCAAGGCCUUUUGCUCCCAAUUCUCUCUCUCUCUCUCUCUCUCUCUCUGUGUGUCUGUUUUUCUUUCUAGCUAGUAACUAGGUCUUGUAUAUAGCAUGGUGCAAAACAGUUCUGCCAUAUAGAGAGCGCAACUCUUGUUCUAAUGAGAAUUCCAAGUGGUCUAGAAGCAGCUUCCUAGACCUAUCAUAGUUGAUAGUGUAGUGCAGAGCUUUCCAAACUGUGAGUUGUGUGAAUGCUCCCCACUCUCCUCUUGGGGCUGGAAAGGGGUUAGUUUAACCUCCAGUUUGCUACGAAAAGUGAAUUACUGUAUUGCAAAAUGAUGCAUUUCCAAAAAGUAUGGCGCCAACAUGAAAAGUUUGGAAAGCUCAGGUGUACCCCCACCCCAAACUCUCGGUUGCCUCUUCAGUUCCUUGAACUAGCUAAGACUUCCUGCCUUUUGUUGGCUUUGAGGUGAGAACAUAAUUGGUCACAGACAUUUAUGUUGUGGUUUGUGUUGAAUCUCUCACAUUUGUUUACUAAAGGGUUGAAGCUGUUGGGAAUGUUAUAUUUGAGGCCUUUGUGCUACAAACCACUAUCAUACCACAUAUGAUUAAUGCAUAAACCCUAAAAGGGGGAAACAGGAUGUUAGAUGCUGAUGUUUUUGAGGGCUCUGCCAUUCACUCACUUAUUUGUCUUUCUACUGCCUGCUUUUCUGCAGUCCAAGGAACUCUAAAUAGCUGUUAUGAAACUGACCAGUGUUUUGUUACUUUAAUUCUGGAAUUUGGCAAAGUUGAGUACUGCUUGAGUGACAAGGCCCUGGCAACAAGAAUACAGUAUCUUGGGUGCACCAUGUAAAACACAAAAUCAGCAUUUUAAUGGAAAAAACCUGCUUGAUUCUUCACCAUACAUCAAGAUGUGCUUGCUGUCUUACAAGACUUCUGCUAAGCAUUGCAGUUUUGAAAGUAUGCUUUCCCCUUGUGAAGUUGUAUUCCUGGGAACAGAAACUAAGAAAGAUAAAACAUGGCCCUCUAAUGAAUUUCAAAGCAACUCAAAUGUUUAAACUUGAUAUAAGAUCACAGCUUUUAUGUUUGUAUAAUUGAUCUAUUCUUCUUUGUGAAGGUACCUGGUCACCUUCAGCCCUCUAAUGGACACCCAGGAUGACCCUCAAGCGAUCAUUAUCUGGGAUACCCUAACUGGACAGAAGAAGCGCGGAUUCCACUGUGAAAGCUCAGCCCACUGGCCCAUUUUUAAGUAGGUUGGGCAGAUGGUUAACAAAUUCCUUUUUUAAAAAAAACAAACAAACAUGCUUUUGUAAUGGGAAAGAGAAACAUAUCUGAUUUCUUGAAAUUCUUUGCUUAGGUGGAGUCAUGAUGGUAAAUUUUUUGCUCGGAUGACAUCUGACACUCUUAGCAUCUAUGAAACACCUGUAAGUCUCCCUUCCUUUCUGAUAUAAUAUGAUAGAUUCUGUAACAUGCCUAUUUGUAGUCAAAAUGUGCCCAAAGAUAUCCUGCUAAUAAGGAUAUAAACUUAGUGGACAAUGUGCAAGCAUGCAUCCCAUACUGAUUCUGACUGCAGUGUUUGCACGUCGCCCACUAAUGCAACCUAAAAGAUGUUGCUAGUUUGGCUUCAAAUGUUGGACAUAGAUUGCAUUUUCUCUCUCACACAAACCUCCAGAAACCACCACAAUUACUUGUGGGACAGUCUUCUUGUAGCUGUCUGUUAAGCUUUUUGAAAUACUGUUUGUUCAUAGUAUUCUUUCCCCAACAAAAGUGAGGAAAAGGUGUGUUGGCCCUUUUAUGUCCGAUAAAGACCAUUUAGGGUUUUUGGUUUUUUACAUGUCUUAAGUAUUAAAGUGAUUCCCCAUUUCUGUUUUCUUGUGCUUGUGUGUAUGUUAAGAUAUUUUCUUCUUUGUUGAUUGUUAUGUUUAUAGUUUCACUAUGUUUUUAUGCUUUGUUUUACAUCACAUUGGGGGGCUCUCUUAGGCAGAGAAGUAGACCAUAAACUUUAACAUAAAUGUUACUAUAAACUUAAAUUGAGAUAGAUAGGUGUGUACUAGAAUCAUUUUGACUUUAUGUUCUCUCUUUCUAGUCAAUGGGUCUGUUGGACAAGAAAAGUUUAAAAAUCAAUGGGAUCAAGUGAGUGUUUUUCUUUAGAUCUUACUUUCCUUGCUGCUGCUGCUGCUGCUGCUGCUGCUGCUAUUAUUGUUAUUUUUGCCUUCAACAUAUAAUUGUCCUCCUCACAGUGGCUCCCUCUCCUUUUCCAAAGUGUGAGAAAUAGAUUUCAUUUGGCUCAUGUGAUGUGUGGGUUUUUUAUUUUAAAAAGAGUGCCUUAAACUACUAAAUUGUUGCAUGUUCUGUUUACCAUCCCUCAGAGACUUCUCCUGGUCUCCAGGUGGCAACAUAAUUGCUUUUUGGGUGCCUGAAGACAAAGAUAUACCAGCAAGGGUGACGUUGAUGCAGCUGCCCUCCAGACAGGAAAUCAGAGUGCGGAAUCUCUUCAAUGUGGUGGACUGCAAGCUACACUGGCAAAAGAAUGGGGAUUAUCUCUGUGUGAAAGUAGACAGGACCCCCAAAGGCACACAGGUACGUGGCUCCGAAGCUUCCUGGCAGAACUGUUAAACUCUCUGAUUUUGAAAUCCCAACUUUUAUAUUAUCAAAGCUAAGAGAACACUUGAAAGCCUUUUCUGUUUUUGAUUGAAGCAUUCUUGCUCUGAGCUGCCCAGAGUGGCUGGGAAAACCCAGCCAGAUGGGCGGGGUAUAAAUAAUAAAUUAUUAUUAAUAUUAUUCCACCACCAUCUGCAGCAGCUUCAUGGUACCUGAUCUCCUCACAUAUAAGUUGCAUGAUUUGUGUUUCUGUCUACUCCCUCCUUUCUUAUUGCACUCUGUGUAAGCCCCAUUGUUCUUUUGCUUUGGACUGCCAGUUCCUGCACUGGGCGAAAGCUUUUUAAUGAACUCUUAGCACAUGUUUGCUGCAGAACUGCAAGGAUUACCAGAGAACAUAUUAAAGAAUCCAAGAAUUUUAUUCUAAAUAUAGGUAGUUCACAUGCUGCUGUAAAACCUCCUGAAUAGAAAAUGACUCGUGUUUACAAUUAUAGGGGUUGAGUUUAAAAUGAAGCUAUCCCAUCUGGCAUGGACCUGUUUUCCACACAGUCUUCUGUGUGUCCCCACCCCCUCCUGAGUGCAAAUAGUUCCAUUCUUCAGAGCUGAUGUCUUGUAUGCCUUACUCUGUAUCUUACUCUGACUAGUUUACUCCAUACUAGCCUUGUCUAAUAUGUAUCAUUUUUUUCGCUCUAUAUGACGCACUUUUUCCCAUCCAAAAAUGAAGGGGGAAAGUGUGUGCGUCCUAUGGAGCGAAUGCAGACUUUCACUGACCCCUCUCGCGUUCCAGGUUUCAGGAAGCUAUCCGCAAGCCCACGGAGCCUGCGGGAACUCCUGCUGGGCUCUGCGGGCUUGCGGAUAGCUGCCUGCAGCCCGAAGCCCGGGGAGCGCGGCGCUGUGCACCCCGGCCUUCGGGCAGCUCUCCGCAAGUGUGCGGAGCCCGGCGGGAGUUCCCGCCAGGCUCCCAAGGCUUGCGGAUAGCAGCCUGCUGUCCCCGAAGCCAAAACAAUGAGACGGGGCGCUGUGCAGCCCUCCGUCUCGCUGUUCCAGAUUUGGGAUGGCUGCGCAAAGCCUCCGCAGGGCGGUGGGGUGAAGGCACCCCGCGGCCCUGCGGAGGCUACAAAGGACGUCCCUGAAUCCUCAAGCCUUUGGAGUGCAGCGCUUCCCCCCCACCGCCAGCCCCACAAGCUCGGGGAGCAGUGGCAAGGCUUUGCCCUGUUCCCCGACCUGCUCUUGAACACACCUUGUUUUUGAGGGGGAGAACAAGAAAAAAAUUCCCCCCCCCAUUCUCCCCCACCUAUGGUCCGGUGCGUCCAAUAGAGCGAAAAAUACGGUAUUUCAGUUGAAUACUUUGCAGUUCAGCCUUGUAGAAGAGAAUAAAUAACAGUGUCUGGAAGGCUAGCCCUGUUUUGGUUCUUCUUUGCUGCAAGAGACUUGUGGCUUCUUAAAGACUAAUUCUAAAGUGCUGCAAGACACUUCAUAUUAAAUAACAGUAGUGCAUCUUGCUCUAAGUUAUGAGAUUUCAGGCACCCUAAACACUCAGAUCCAAACAGCAGCAGGCUAGCUACUUCUGCUUUGUAUUAAAUGCACAUCAUCUCAAGUCCCUACCUGGGUAGAUGACAUGCCCACAUCACCUUUUUCUCCCCCCCUGCAGGGUGUAGUGACCAACUUCGAAAUCUUCCGCAUGAGAGAGAAGCAGGUUCCUGUUGAUGUGGUAGAAAUGAAAGGUAAAGGACACAUUUCUCAUAGCUUCAGCUCUCUAUGCACUACUUUUUAUCCUUCAGUGUAUAAUAUAACAGAAGUGAAACACCACAUAAUGUAGCCACCAGGGUGCUGAAAGGUAUUCUUCCAAUGCUACUCUCUGGACUCAGUCCUGAAGCUAGGAUCAGAACCACUGUAUUACAGUGCCUGCAGUUCCCUUUUCCUGGAGCCAGUCCAGGAGACUACCAUGGUUGAUGGCAUCAGAUGCCUACGAGAAAUCAAGAAGCAGGAGCAAGGUCACACUGCCCCAUCCUGCUCUUUGCAAAGGUCAUCCAUCAGGGCGACCAAGGGGUGAACCCAGAUUCAAAUGGAUCUAAAUAAUAUGUGCCUUCCCAGUAAUGCUUGCAGCUGCCCCACCACAGCCCUCUCCACCACCUUUUCCCAAAGGUGAGCCAUUUGGGAGCCAAAUGGAAGCAAGUGGUUGAUAGUUGUUCCAAUCCAAAGGGUCCAGAACCAGUUUCCUUAAGAGCAGCCACACCACUGCCUCUUUCAGUGCAGCAGGGACCACCCCCGCACACAGUGAAGCUUUAACCACACUCUGGACCUAACCAGUCAGCCCUCCUGAACUAGAUUUGAUAAGCCAAGAGUGACUACAGUAGAGAGGAAAUGUGGUGGUGCGCAUUGCCGCCAGCAGCUUGCCGCAUCAGCUGGUUGCAUAAGGUGAAACUGAUCCCACAAAAUACCCCCCGAUAAUGACACUAUGUACUUCAAGCAGAGCUGCAACAGGUGCAGAGUCAAGAUCACUCCAAAGUCGAGGCUGUUCUCAAGUGUGUAGCCAGUUGGUCACGAUGGGUCUUAGAAAGUUCUAGAGGUCCCUCCACUCUAGGGGAUGCAAUGCGAGACCACACUGCCACAUGGUAGGCACGGUUAUGUGUUCUUACCGGUGUUGGGCCAGCUUCAGAGCGAGAUUUGCACCAUCUAAGCUCCAGUCUUCCUCCGGCCUGUUUCACAGUCCAACAUUCUUCAGAGUACCAAAGAGCUGUUCGGGCUCUACAACACCAGAGAGGAUGCUCAUGAGCAGGCAUAGGCAAACUUGGCCCUCCAGAUGUUUUGGGACUACAAUUCCUGUCAUCCCUGACCACUGGUCCUGUUAGCUAGGGAUGAUGGGAGUUUUAGUCCCACAACAUAUGGAGGGCUGAGUUUGCCCAUGCCUGCUCAUGAGUGAUCAUGGCAACUUUGCAUUUCAUAUCACCAUUUUAUAGGUAGGCAGGAUCACCAGCUUUCUCCACUGGUAAAUCCCCCAGAGCAUUGAGAAACACAUCUGGUUCCAUCAGUCUAGAGGGUGGGCCAUCCACAUAGCCCUCCUGCAGUGGGGACCUGCCACCGCCAGUCAGAAUUUAAACAGAUAAUGGUCUGACCAUCACAAGGAAGUGCAUUGCAUUCCCCCUAUCUUCAGUCCAUCACUCAUAUCACUUGGGGUAAAGAUCACAUCAAGAGUGUGCCCUGACUGGUGUGUUGGACCAAAGACCAUCUGAAAGAGACCCAUGGUUGUCAUGGAGUCUGCAUUCUCAAGCUGGCCCAAGAGCAGCCUCCGCAUGGAUCUUGAACUCACCCAUGAUUGUCAUUUUAGGGUCCUCCAAAAAUAUCCCAGAGACUAUCUCGGCCAGCCUGAUCAGGACUGCUGCUGGGCAGCAGUAUUUUGAAUGUAUAGGAGACCCGCAUGAAUUAGAAGCCUUUUCAGAGGGGAUCUGGCUAAUUUUACUAGUUUAAUGUAGGUCUUCCUCUCUUGCAGAAAGCAUCAUAGCGUUUGCUUGGGAGCCAAAUGGAAGCAAGUUUGCAGUGUUGCAUGGAGAGCCGCCACGAAUAUCCUGCUCUUUCUACCAUGUGAAAAACAAUGGGAAAAUAGAGCUCAUUAGUAAGUAGAAUUCAAGAGGCUGUGCAUGGGCUUGGGGUUUGAGGAUCUCUGUGUGUGUUGUUACAAUCCAUUUUAAAAUUCAUUGAGAAUCAUUUGAACUUCAUUUUGGCCAAAUAACUUUGUCUUUCAAGACCUCUUGGAUUUCUCAACUAUUGAAACUUGGACAACGCAGCACUUGGUCAUUUUUGUGACUGCAGAUCUGCUGUAAAAGCAUUGAUGCUAAGUAAGGCUUCUUAUAUGAAUGAGAUUGUGUAUCCUAGUUAUUCCUGGUCUUGUCAAUACUCUGGAGGCAGCAUUAAUGGGGACAUGAAGAUUUUGAUUACUUUGCUUUGUAAGGCUAAAAUCUUUAUUACGAAGGCGUAAUAUCAAUUUUAUAAAGCAAGGAUAUUCGUCUCAUGUAUUUGAAUCUUAUUUCAGAAAUGUUUGACAAGCAGCAGGCAAACACGAUAUUCUGGAGUCCUCAAGGGCAAUUUGUGGUGUUGGCUGGUCUCAGGAGGUGAGUACUGUUUCUUGGCAAGCAUAUCUUGAGUAACAGAAGCUUUUUUUUAAAAAAAGGUUCUUGACUUGAAAUAGGUUCCUUAGAGGGUGCCAUCUUGGUCCACUGAAGCAAAAACCACACAGAGCUCUGUUUUAUUUGAAAUGGUUCUGUAGAGUUUUAUUUCACCCUUACAGAGUAAGAGUGAUCAGCAGGUUAGUUUACCUUAAUAUAAGGGAAACUUCUGCCCUCUCCCAGACAAAAGACUUUAUGAAGACUGUUUCAAAUCCAACGUCUCAGCUUUUAGAUUAUGCCACCUGACUCAUACCCAGAUUUCAAAGAAAUGUUUGUUCAAUUGUUUCACAGGCUUAAAAGUUGCCUGCAUGUAAUAUAUAAAAUAUUCUAAUUAUUUUUCUAUGCAGCAUGAAUGGUGCCUUAGCUUUCGUUGAUACAUCUGACUGCACCAUGAUGAACAUUGCUGAGCACUACACAGCCUCAGAUGUUGAAUGGGACCCCACAGGCCGCUAUUUGGUGACUUCUGUUUCUUGGUGGAGUCACAAGGUAUUAUCAACACUUCCCCACCCCUUACCCUUCUCCAUCUUGAGCCUUUUAACAUUCCUUGUGUUGUAUUUGUUUUAGCUUGGAUACCUUUGAUUCAUAAAUAUCGUUAAUAGCAUUGCUCAUUAUUUCUUCUUGUCAUUCUCAUGCCUCGGUAGGCCCAGUGCAUUGGUUCUGCUCUUAACUGUAGAAGAGGCUUGGGUAAAGGGGAGGAGAUAAUUGUGGGGCUUCCAUUGUGUAAACUACUUAAUGUAUGCUCCUCAAACAGGGAGAUACCUUAGUUACUCUGGUGCCUGGCUUUCUGUGUUGGUACCUUGUUUAUAUGUAAUUCAGAUCUUUAUAAUAAACAUAUGCCAUAUACAAGUUAAGGCAUCAGUUGAUGGUCAUUAGAAAUCCUUUCACAACACCACGGAAGGGAAUUUGAAUGCUUUCAGCUUUUUAGAACUACAAAGUGAGCGGCUGGGUGCAAAGAAUGCUGCACCGUGUGUGACACAACUUCACUGAACUGUCUUUCUAGGUGGACAAUGCCUAUUGGCUGUGGACUUUCCAGGGUCGCCUCCUACAGAAGAAUAAUAAAGACCGGUUCUGCCAGUUACUUUGGAGACCCAGGCCACCUACGUUGCUCACCCAGGAUCAGAUAAAGGUAUUGUGUCCUUUACGGUGGGAGGUUUGGUGUAACUUUUUGGGUCGAUGUUAAGAGAAGGAAGCUCGGUAUUAGGAAAACAGCUCUAAUGCUUCGGGAAUUAUAACACAGACAACAGUUGAAGCUCACCACAAGCUGGGGAUAAGGAAGAGACAUAGGUCAGCAUUAGAUCAGAUACUUUAUGUGUGGCUGAUCUCAAGUUCAAUCCCUGACAUCUCCAGUUAAAUGUUCAGGUGGUAGGUGAUGAGAAAAAUCUCUGAGAUCCUGGAGAGCUGCUGCCAGUCAAAGUAGUCAAUAUUGCAAUACAUAGGUCAGUGGCUUAACCUAGCAGCUUGCCAUGUCCACAAACCCCUCCCCCAGUUCAAUUUGCAAUUGCCUCCAGCAAGCCCAGCUGAGUUUAUCCCUUUCCCACUGAACUGGACCUCAUUCCCCUGAUUACAUUGGGAGCAUGACAUUCGUUGAUCCAGCCCCAUUCUGAUUCCUGGUGUGCUGCCUACAGCUCUUGGGAAGUGUACUUUUCCCAGUUUACCAACAUUAAGUAGUCUUGGGAAAAAGUAUUUCUCAUCUACUGUUGUCUGGGUUGCUGAAGAAGGGAUACUUGCUCCCAGAGCAGCUUACAAGUAAGUGGCUUGGGGGAGGGGAUUUGGAGGUGUUUGGGGAGCUGAAUUAUCCAAGCCAGAGAAAGACUUGGGGCCAUAAUGCUCUCUUGCUAUUCAUGGAAGGCUUUGCAAAUCACCAAGGAGGCCAGUUUCCCCCCGCCAUACUCUGCAGUAGUAAAAUAUUGGGUUAUAUUCAACUACCUUUUACUCAGACCCAGUGAAAUGAAUAAACUUAUAUUAGUUAUGUUCAUUAGUUUCAUUGAGUCUACCAUUGAGUAAAACUAAGUGGAAUACCACUGUAGAACUAAGCAUGUCUGAUGGAUUGCUGUAGUAUCCUGUGCACAGUAUUUGAAAGGCAUGUAUCCUGCUUAGUCCACUUUUUCUUCUCAAAAUAUGCUGGGGCUAUAUGAAAUGGCAGAUUUUGCUCAAUAUAACAUAAAAUCAUUUGAAAAUACAAUGUGUAACACUUGUUUCCUGAAACAGCAAAUCAAGAAAGAUCUGAAGAGAUACUCCAAAAUAUUUGAACAGAAAGAUCGUCUGAGCCAGUCUAAAGCCUCAAAGGUAAGCUACCUUUUGAUCUCUUGGUGCUUUGGUUUUGAGUCCAGACACCUAUUUCCAGAUCUAGAACCCUUGGAUUCAUUUUCCAAAGCUGCUUCUGGCAGGAACAUUGUAUAAUAAGGGAGUGCUGGGGCAGGGAGGUUGGAGCACACUGCAACAUUGGAGCAGGGAAGUCAGUAAAUGAGAACUCUUAAUUCUUCUGCUGGAGAAUAUGGAACCUUUAGCAGUAUUCAGUGUGGGGAAAUGUCUGUAAAUGCCUUUUCCUGCUUGUGGCAUCAUUUGGCCCAGAUCUUGAUGCAAUGAAUUUCGCAAGUGAAGCCGUUUGUUUGCACUAGUGAAAGGUAUUUUGUCACCCCAGUCCUUCCCAUAGUUACAUGGAAAUAAGUCUCUUUGGUAAUUUUAAGUAAGCAUGUUUGGGAUCGAAGCCUUGGAAAGUCCAUCUUCUCUCCCCAUCUUGAUUACUCCUGGGGAGGUUUCUAGCUGCAUUUUGAUUGAAGGUUUAAUAGCAACCUCUUGUUUUCUGUAGGAACUGGUAGAUAGAAGGCGAACAAUGAUGGAGGAGUUCAAAAAAUACCGCAAGAUGGCACAAGAGCUGUACAUGGAGCAAAGGAAUGAGCGGUUGGAGCUCCGUGGAGGUGAGUUGGCUUUCCAAGCAUUCCUUGUCUUAGGCUGCAAUCCUGUGCAUGCUUACCGGAGAGUAAGCUGCAGUGAACUCAGCAGCCACAUGAAGACAAGUCUCUGUUAGGGAAAAAUACUGGCAAAACUGUUACUGAAAUAGUGUUGGGCUUACCUUAACAAAUAAAUGAUAAGCAAAAUAAUUAACAAAGAAGUUGAUAUGUGGCAGAACUAGUUGGUUUGAAUGAGAUGGCAGCUGUAGGUCUGUUCUAACACAGCUAAGAUUCUGUUUCAUUUUGGAGCCAGGAUAAUGCUGCCUUGAAAUCAUCCAGGUCUAAUACUUUUUCUCUUUACAGGAGUGGACACAGAUGAGCUGGACAGCAACGUGGAUGACUGGGAGGAGGAAACUGUUGAAUUUUUUAUCAAUGAAGAAAUUAUUACAGUUGCAGAGCCAGAGUAGUCUGAAAGCCGUGGUAAAACCCAUUCACAUUGUGUACUUGGGGUGGUAGGGAGGGGAAGCUUUGUUGAAAUCCCGGAGACUGAGAGUUACCACCUUCUCCUUCCUUUGCAGCACCACCAUAUCUCGUACUGAGGAGGGAUUUGUUCAUUUUCAGAAGGUCUACACAACUUUGGACUUUUUAAAAAUCCAUAUUCUCUCUCUGGACGGUGAAUGCGCAGGAUUCGUUCAUUCUGACACAUUGUAGUGCCUUCUAGUCCCCACUGCCUACUGUGGGGUCACUCGAAAGGCACUGCUUUUAAAUUUUUAUCCUUUAUUGGGGGAGGGUUUAGUUUAAUUUUGAGAAAAAUCUACCACCAGUAUUUGCUGCUUGACACUCCAGCAGUGCUGCUCUCAGCUGAGCAACUUGGAACUGUGGCCCUUACAACUGCAGCCUUGGCGCAACUUUCAGUGUCUUGCCACAAACUCGUGAUGCUUCUGUUUGCCGAAGACUGUUCCUGUGCCCAAACUGCACAGGUGGAAGUUGGUUUCAUGUUGGGGAAGAUCACCGAAAAAACUGUACUUCAUACUAUGUGCUUUAAUUUGCGGAAGCAGCACUACAGUGGGCUCUACCCUCCUCCAUUCAGAUUGUGACAGGAGCUCUCCCAGGUUGAACAUUGGAAAUAAAGCAAACCUAUAUGCUUAAUAAAGAGGGCUGUGUUAUAUGAA